AUGGCCAAACUGCUGAAGAAGCCGCUGAAGCUCGCUCUCGUGCAGCUUGCCACGGGGGCCGACAAGAAGGCCAACCUCGCUCGAGCACGAUCCAAAGUCCUCGAGGCCACAUCGAACGGCGCCAACAUCGUAGUUCUGCCGGAAUGCUUCAACUCACCAUACGGCACAAAGUAUUUCCCCAAAUACGCAGAGACUUUGCUGCCAUCGCCGCCAACGAAAGAGCAAUCGCCAUCAUAUCACGCAUUAUCCGAGCUUGCAAAGGAGGCCAAGGCAUAUGUGGUGGGAGGCAGCAUACCAGAGUACUGGGAAGAGACCAAGAAGUACUACAACACAUCCAUGACCUUUGACCCGAGCGGCAAGCUGCUCGCUACACAUCGCAAGGUGCAUUUGUUCGACAUCGACAUUCCCGGCAAAAUCACCUUCCGCGAGAGUGAAGUGCUGUCACCCGGCAAUAAAGUCACCAUCAUUGACCUCCCGGAAUAUGGCAAGAUCGCAGUGGCCAUCUGCUAUGACAUCCGAUUCCCUGAACUUGCCACAAUUCCUGCAAGAAAGAAUUGUUUCCUACUGCUGUAUCCUGGUGCUUUCAACCUUACCACCGGCGCCAUGCAUUGGGAACUGCAGGCCCGAGCGCGAGCAAUGGACAAUCAGAUAUAUGUUGGACUUUGUAGUCCCGCGCGCGAUAUGGAUGCUGAUUACAACGCCUGGGGACAUUCUUUGGUCGUCAACCCAAAUGCUUCGGUCCAGUCGCAACUUGAUGAGCAUGAAGGUAUCGCGUACGCCGAUCUCGAUGGUGACACCAUUGCAGAGUCCAGAAAGGGCAUACCCAUCGAAACUCAGCGCCGCUUUGACGUCUACCCAGAUGUGAGUGCAGGAAAAGUUAGGUACGAAGAAUGA